AUGAGAGGAGAGAAUAUUGGUUUUGUUGGUAGAGUAAAUAAACUUUUAAAAUUGAAAAAUAUUGAACCUCCUAUUAAUAUUCACUGUAUUAUUCAUCAGCAGGCUCUCUGUGGAAAAGUUAUAGGUCUCGAACAUGUUAUGUCUGUUGUAACAAAAGCGGUUAAUUUUAUUAGGUCUCAUGGCCUUACUCAUAGACAGUUUCAAAGUUUUCUUCUCGAAAUAGAAGCUGAGUACAAUGACGUGGUGUAUCAUAAUCACGUUCGAUGGCUAAGCAGAGGAAAGGUUUUGAAACGAUUUUUUGAUCUACGAAAAGAAAUUGAAAUGUUCAUGAUCGACAAGGGAAAACAAAUUUUAGAACUUAAAGAUGAUAAUUGGUUGUGGGAUUUAGCUUUUCUUACAGACGUAACAACACAUUUAAAUAUUUUAAAUCUUAAAUUACAAGGACCUGGAAAAUUCAUAUUUGACAUGUAUAAUUCUAUUAAAGCAUUUGAUGAUAUAAUAUACAAUGAUAUUAUAUCAUUAAAUUGA